CUCAUCUCUUCCAUCCCACAGAACACCUCACGGGUUCCCUUUAAGGAUAUCUACCUGUGCGGAGGGGUUGAGAUUAUUUUGCCAAAUCUACGCAGAUCGUGAAGAUACGACGACUUGCUUCGCGUCCCUCCUUUUUCUAGUGUCGCUCUCCGGUUUUGUCACUGAGGUGGAGCUACCGACCUGUCGCAAUGUACAAUCCCUAUCAACCUCCCGGUCUCUAUGGCCGCCCCCCCGAGUACGGAGCUUAUCCAGGAGCACCUCCGGGCAUGGCUCCUCCUCCCGGAAUGGCUGCACCUGGUACUGCUCCGCCAGGCAUGCAGCAAGCGAAUGCCCAGCAGCCUGGUCGACCUGCAGGCUUCCCGGCGAACUUUCAACCUCCUCCGAAUAUGCCAAAUAUCAACUUUUCCGCUCCCGUAAUUCGACUUGGGACAUCCGGUCCAUCCAAAUCCGCGACUCCAGAUACCACAAAAGAGCGCGGCGGCGAAUCGGGUGGUAGACGGGCGGGGUUAGGAUCAUCGAGCCUGGAGUCCCAGCGCCAGAAUGUGCGAGAUGCAAUGAUGCAGCUACAGCCGCCUACGAGAGAUGAAAUUGUGAGGACCCUUUUUGUUGGCGGGAUUACCGAGGGCCUCGGUGGCGACGAGGGCAUGGAGCGGAUUCUACGGUCUGCUGGUAAUCUGCGGCGCUGGAUCCGUGCCACGGAUGCUGAUGACAAACCAUGCAAAUUUGGCUUUGCAGAGUACGAGGACCCUGAGAGUCUAGGUACGGCUGUUGAAGUGCUAAAGGACGUGCAAGUCCCUGUGAAGAGACAGAUGCCGUCCGACGGAGAGGACAAAGAACAGCAGGAGGUGGAAAAGAGCACGCUAUUGGUUGUUGUUGACGAGAGCUCUCUCAAAUACUUGGAGCAGUACGAAGCUACUAGAGGUGACCGAGACCCGGCCGAGCGCGAGGCCCGGAUGGAAGCCGCAAAAACCGCUCUCUCCAACGUCUUGUCCGACUUGUGCCAUCCAACAUCGCCUACCCAGACCGAGGACGCUUCCGCCAUUGAUCGGGAGGGUGAUACCGCAAUGAAAGAUGCUGAGGGCCAGAAUGAUGGUACCUCCGCCGAGGUCGUUACCAUUCCGAUCACAGUGGAGGAUGAGCUCUCUGACAUCCCCCCCGAGAUGAGAGAAACCGUCUCAAAGGAAAUUGCCGCAUUUCGCGAGCGUAGCAAUCGCCGGGAUAUUGAGCGCCUGAAGAGGGAGGAGGAGAUUGAGUCUAUGGAACGGGCCCGAAACGCUGGCCCGCGAGUCAGCCGCUUAGCAUCUCCUCCACCUUCCGCGCCUAGUGGACCGGCUGCGGGCGCAAAUGGGAUUCCUCUAGGCUCCCGAGAUCGUGGAGUGCCCAAUGCCCCCUCUGGGCCCAAGGGCUUUGGUGUACAGAUUCCAAAGGACUACCAGAAGGGCGUGUCGUUUGUCAACGGAGGCGCCAUCAAUGGAACAACCACAGUCUUCAUGGAUCGUGAAGACGAGGGAUCGAAUGCAAGUGAUGAGGAGCUGGAAAGACGGCGACAGGAGAAACGCGAAGGGGACCUCGAGAAACAGUUCCUUGAUCAGGAGCGACGCUGGCUCAAUCGAGAGCGUAGCAGAACGGCAGCGCUGGAACGAGAGAAAAAGCGGGAUAAGGAAGAACAGGCUAAAGCUCAAGAAGUGCGCGAUGAAGUGGCUAAGCGAAUGGGCGAGUGGAAUGACGAAACAGAGGCUACUCGGAAAUCGAAUGAUUACUAUGUGGACCGAGGCGCCUGGUUACGUAGCCGUGCAGCUUUCCGGGCUCGUGAGGUGAGCAUGGACGAGGCUGAUCGCGCGGCAGAGGAGCGGGAACGCGCGCGGUCUGUCCAGCAACGUGAACAGGCUCGGGGUAUGGCAGACGACUUCCUGGCCCGCCAGGCCGAAGAACUGGAGACCCGAGUCGAGGCGCCACGGGAGCCCCAGCGCUUCAAGCUGUCCCUUGGCGCGGCAGCCCAAAAGGCUCAAGCCGCUACCAGCCGCCGAACCGUUGCCGAAGUGGAAGGUUUGCUCGAGGAUGAAGAAGAGCCAGAGGCUACGGCAAGACGACCCCUCAUCCCGAUCAAGUUCGACAGCGCUGCAGAAGCUGCCGGCCUGUCCGAAGAGGAACGAGCCCAGGCUGCACGACAACUCGCCGCGGAGAUCCCUACGGACAAGGAAGGUCUAUGGAAGUGGGGAGUCAAGUGGGAAUUUGUGGACGAGUCUGUGGUCAGCGAGCAGCUCAAACCGUUCGUGGAGAAGAAGAUUGUGGAGUAUCUGGGAGUUCAGGAGCAGAUGUUGGUGGACGUGGUGGAGGAGCAUGUUCGCAAGCAUGGAAAUCCUCAAGAGCUUGUAGAACAACUGGAAGAGGCACUCGACGAGGAGGCGGAAGUGCUGGUCCGGAAACUGUGGCGGAUGAUUAUUUUCUUUUCGGAGAGCGAGAAGCGAGGGCUUUCAGGAUAAACAGUGUAUACUCCUUUCAUCCCCAACUCCUGUAGGACAUAGCCAGAAUCUAUACAAAAGUCGACCACGGAGCGCCCCCGAUGGAAGAAAUGGAAAUGUUUCUGACUGCUGGAAUAAUUCUUCCACCAAUAAGACGCGCCAACUGGUCCAUAGUAGCUGC